UUUUAUAUCUUUCGCAUCUGCAAUUUCUUUCACUCUCUCUUCUCUCCCUCUAUCUCUCUCUCUCUCUCACACACACACACUCACUUGUGAGACACCACACACGAGACCCAAGCAAACAAGGGAACACAGAAAGAAGGAGAAGAAGAUGAUGGGCGUCUCCUCCGCCACCGUCUUCGUCGCUUCCGUCUUCCUCCUCCUCACCUUCUCCUCCGUUCACUCUUUCUACCUUCCCGGCGUCGCCCCGCGAGAUUUCCAAACCGGCGAUCCCCUCUAUGUAAAAGUGAACAAAUUAUCAUCCACAAAGACUCAACUUCCAUAUGAUUACUACUACUUGAAGUAUUGCAAACCUAAGGAGGUUGUGAACAGUGCAGAGAAUUUGGGUGAGGUCCUUCGUGGCGAUCGCAUUGAGAAUUCAGUAUAUACGUUUCAUAUGAGGAAGGAACAGUCUUGUACUGUUGUGUGUCUUGCAACUUUGGAUGCCGAUGCUGCUAAGAAUUUUAAAGAAAAAAUUGAUGAUGAAUACCGAGUAAACAUGAUUCUGGAUAACCUUCCAGUUGCUGUUCUCAGACAAAGGAGGGAUGGAAGUCAGUCAACAACAUAUGAACAUGGUUUUCGUGUUGGGUUCAAAGGAAACUAUCAAGGGAGCAAGGAGGAAAAAUAUUUCAUCAAUAACCACUUGAGUUUUAGAGUCAUGUAUCACAAGGAUUCUGAAACGGAUUCUGCUCGUAUUGUUGGAUUUGAGGUCACACCAAACAGUAUUAACCAUGAAUUCAAGGAGUGGAAUGACAAGAACCCACAGGUGACAACAUGCAAUAAAGACACCAAGAAUUUGAUGCAAGGUAGUACUGUCCCACAGGAAGUUGACACAAACAAGGAUGUUGUAUUCACAUAUGAUGUUACCUUUAAGGAAAGUGAGAUCAAAUGGGCAUCACGGUGGGACACAUAUCUUCUAAUGAAUGAUGAUCAGAUCCACUGGUUCUCCAUCAUUAACUCUCUGAUGAUUGUCCUUUUCCUUUCUGGAAUGGUGGCUAUGAUCAUGAUGAGAACUCUUUACAGAGAUAUUGCCAAUUAUAAUCAGCUAGAAACCCAAGAUGAGGCCCAGGAAGAAACAGGGUGGAAACUUGUCCAUGGAGAUGUUUUCAGGCCACCUGUCAAUUCAAAUUUGCUUUGUGUUUAUGUCGGUACUGGUGUUCAGCUAUUUGGAAUGUCACUUGUGACAAUGAUAUUUGCUUUGCUAGGUUUCUUGUCACCAUCGAACCGUGGAGGUCUCAUGACUGCAAUGGUUCUAUUGUGGGUUUUUAUGGGUUUAUUUGCUGGUUACUCCUCGGCACGUUUGUACAAGAUGUUCAAGGGCACAGAGUGGAAAAAGAAUACCUUGAAAACAGCAUUUAUGUUUCCAGGCAUUCUGUUUGGUGUCUUCUUUGUGCUAAAUGCCUUGAUUUGGGGAGAGCAGUCUUCUGGAGCAGUCCCUUUUGGAACCAUGUUUGCUUUGGUUUGCCUGUGGUUUGGUAUAUCAGUACCCUUGGUCUUUGUGGGUAGUUACUUGGGUUUCAAAAAGCCAGUAAUUGAAGACCCUGUGAAGACUAAUAAAAUUCCCAGGCAGGUACCUGAGCAGGCAUGGUAUAUGAAGCCCGUCUUCUCUAUUCUUAUUGGAGGCAUUCUGCCAUUUGGUGCUGUGUUCAUUGAGCUCUUCUUUAUCUUGACAUCAAUAUGGCUGAACCAGUUCUACUACAUCUUUGGAUUCCUGUUCAUAGUGUUUGUUAUCCUAUUAAUCACCUGUGCAGAGAUUACGAUUGUGCUUUGCUACUUCCAACUUUGCAGCGAAGACUACAAUUGGUGGUGGAGAUCUUACCUCACGGCUGGGUCCUCAGCUUUGUACCUUUUCCUCUACUCAAUUUUCUAUUUCUUCACCAAAUUGGAUAUUACUAAACUGGUCUCAGGCAUCCUGUACUUUGGAUACAUGAUUAUCGUUUCAUACGCUUUCUUUGUGUUGACCGGAACUAUCGGCUUCUAUGCUUGCUUCUGGUUCGUCCGCAAGAUCUACUCUUCUGUGAAGAUUGACUAAAAUUACAAGCAUCGUAUAGUGUGGAUGAUUCAAGGUUGAGCACCGAACCAGAGAGGCUGUAGGACUUUGAAGCAAAUACAGCAGGGAAGUUCUUUUCCCCCUCCCCUGAAAACCCCUUUUUUGUUUAUUGUUUAGUGUAGCAGUUGGACUGUUAAUUUGUUAAACCCGUUUCCAUAUAUUACUGUAGUUGCUUAAUCCAUGAGAGAUGUAUGCAUAUUUCUACA